AGCAGCAGCAGCAUCCAUAAGAGAGAGGGAGGCAGCGGGGCGGGGAGGGAGAAGCCUGCACGCCAGCCGUGCUUGCCGGCUGCCUACAGAGAGAAGCAGGCGGCCGCGGCCGCGGCGGCGGUAGCACCUAGAGCAACGGCGGUGGUGGCAGCGGCGGCGGCAGCAGCGCAUUUGGAGAACUCCCUUCUUGCUAUCGUCUCCAUCAUUAUGUCCCCGCAGCGCGCGGCGGCCGCCUCCCUGGCAAAGGCCGCCGGCGCCGAGGAGGACACGGGAGGAUGAGGACAGGAGGGAGGCGAAGAAGGAGGAGGCGCAGGCGGUGGGAGGCGGAGGAGACGAGGCAGGGAGGAGGAGGAGGAGGCGCAGGCGGCGGAGGAGACGCGGAGGAUGAAGUGGAGUGUCCGGGGAGCCUGCGCCGCGCUCUCCAGCUGCCUCCUGCUCGCCUGCGCGCUGAGUGCCGCCGCCGUGGGCCUCAAGUGCUUCUCGCUGGGCUCCGAACUCAAGGGGGAGCCCUUCCGCCUUGGCACCGCCGCCGGCGCCUUCUACUCGGGGCUGCUGCUGGCCACCGGCCUCUCGCUGCUGGGCUCCGCGCUUUUUUGCUGCCGCCAGCCGGACGACGCCGCGGCCAGCGAGGGCGCAGGCGGAGCGCACCACCAAGGGCACGCGGGAAGCGAAGUAGCGGCGGUGCCGGUCACCGGAGACUCUCAGCAACAGCCACAGCCAUCACGCAAGGUGCCCCCGAGCAGCCGGCAAAACUUCCUACUGCUGGGGGUGCUGGUCUUCAUGCUGGGGGUGCUGAGCGCCUUUGCCGGGGCCGUCAUCGACGGCGAUACGGUCUCGCUGGUGGAGAAAAAAUACUCGCACUACUGCCCCCUGCAGGCCGGAGGAGGAGGGGCAUCCGCCCGGGCGCGGCCUGCGGGGGGCCUCGACGGUUCAGCCACCGCGCUGCGCUGUCAGAAGCUACGGGACUAUCAGCGUGGCUUGGUCAUUUCCACCAUCUUCAACGCCCUGGAGUGCCUGCUGGGGCUCCUCAACCUGCUGCUGGUCAAGAACUACAAAGCUGCCCAGCAGCGAGGGCUGCGCCGACGGCGUCGUCGCAGGCACGAGCAUCACCUCGCGGGCGGCCGCCGGAGAAGGCGCAGGGGGACUGGCGUCGCAGGGGGAGGCGGGUCGGGCGGUGGGCGACGGCCUCAGCGCCAAAGCCAAGGCUCCAUCUUUUCCAGCGAGGACCCCGAUCUAUCCCCAGGGGCCGAUUGCGCCUUCCAGGCCGUCUCCUACAUCAACGUCGGCGUCUUCCACGUGUUCGACGAGGCCGGUGUGGAGGUGCACUGUGGAGGCCACCCUUCCAUCGAGUUGCCUGGCUAUUCGCCCAUGGACCCCGACAACGCAUCCUACCCCUAUUGCUACCCGCUGCCCAACGAGCAGCCUCCUGCCUACGAGGAAAUCUAUCCCAGGGAGCCCUGAGGCAACCGCAUCUAGGCACUGGCCAGUCCCCUUUGGAAACCUGCACUGACAAUCAGCCAGUUGGACUGAAAGGGGCAGAAGGUGAAUUUGGGCUAAGCACUGACACUUUAUUGGCAGGACCAGUAGUACAAGGUGAGGCCAAAACUAUAGGCAGUGUGAACUCCUCCAAGAACCUGUCCAAAGAGGCAGAUGUGAGUAAGACAUCUAGAAUGAGACAAGGCUGGUGUGUGCUGUUCGGCUGGAUCUGGUGGCAAGUUGAAACAUUGGUCCAAACCACUUUGGCUUUAUUUUUCUGAAGAUCAGGCGCUUUCUCUUUGUCGCCUCUUUGAUGGAGAAGUCUUGAACAGAGUUUUAGAAAGUUGCCAGUGUUUUGCAACCUGUUGGAGGUUUCUCCAGUAUAUUCUUGUCAAGAUUUCACUUCCCCUGCUCCUUUUGGUUCUAUCACUAAAAUCUAUAGCUACAUACUAGAGGUUUAAGCAAAGUGCAUUUUCUCUGAGGUUCCUUAAAGAUGGCUGGGCCUAUUUAGGGAUGAUGCUUUUAGUACCUUUUUAAUUUUACCUUUUUUUUAGUCUGGUGGAAUCUUACAUCCGUCUCUUCUUCUCUAUUGCCUGAAUGGUGAACACUUUAGGGUUGGUUUCCACAAUCGUAUUUGGCUUGGACUUGUUUUGUUUUAUUUUAAUGAAUCAGCCUGGCUUCCCACCCGCCCCCUUCAAAUGAAUCUUCAUGAUGUAGCCUCAGCUUUUAGAGUCCAAAAUUCUGUCAUUAGAGAGCCAGCCAGAACAACAAAAACAAAAAGAUGUAAGGAUGUAUCUUUCUCUCUCAAGCAAAUAUAUUUCUAACCAUUAAGAGAGACUGAGAGCAAUUUCAAACCAAGCCUCUUACGUUUACAGUAUUCCUGGGAGAUUUUAUGUUUAAGUUUAAAAUUUAGUUUAAAAUUUAAAACCAUUGUUGGUCUUGUAAAAUGCACAUGAUAAACCUGCACUUUCAAAAGGAGAAAAAAAAUCAACAGCAACAUUUUUGUACACUAAUGUGCCUGCUUUUUGUUGAUAAUUUCCUACUGUAAAAGCUUUCAAAAAGUCUAUAGUGAAAAUGUUUGGUAAAGUCAUUGCAAUGUAGAAUUAACAAAUCAGUUCCUUUACUACAAUAGAAAUGCUAUAUGGAAUAGAAGGAAAGUCCAAAUUGUCUCAUACAUUCCUUUUUUGUAAACAGGUUCUGUGUUUCUAAUGCAAAGCAGGGCUUAUAUUUAUUUUUAUUUUCUUUUUAAAAAGUCCAAUCCUAUUUUGUACAAGCACAGCCAGUUAUUCUUGUAAGUAGUCUCAUUUUUAUGUUACCAGUUAAUCAAUCUGAGAAGCUUGAAUAAUACGUUUUUAUUUAAAUAUAAAUAGAUAAUAUAUACAUAUAUACUUUAAGCAGCCUUAACUGAUGGUCAUGAUUUUCAAUGGAGUUGACCUAACUCCUUUGAAGUAUGAUUUUUAAAACCAAGUUCAAUGUAAUUUUAAACUGAAAGAACUCAACAGGUGAACAUUGAAAAUAAUAGCACUGCACAAAAAUGACUUACUCAGAUUGUAGUGAUUAAACCUUUUCAUCUAGAUAUUUUAAUAGUUUCACCAAAAAUGCUCAUUUGGAGGCAAAGCCACGUGUGCCAUGAGAGACCUAUGAUCAAAUCUCAUGACAUUCCUUUUACUUUUAAACAGAUACAGGAGGCCCCAAAUUUGUUUCGAACAGGCGGAAGUGUUCGGAUAGGAAAACAUUUAAUAUUUUCCCCCGGAUACCAUUUCCCUCAUCUAAAUGCCCUCCUUCCCCAAGAACUGGCUUGUAAUCCUGUUGGGUUUGGGGGCAGGUUACUGGAUUUUCUCUCUGUGGGGCUAAAAGCAGGUUUGGGGGCAAUUUAGAUUGGGGAAAUGGUGUGUGAGGAAAGGCAAACACAUGCGCGCGCACACACACAGACACACACACACACACACACACACAUAUCCAGCACCCCAGCUCUGAUAAAAUUCAGAGCCCACUGAACCUGUUUUAAAAUAAAAGAAAGACACAUUGUAACAUCUGGUCACAGAUCUCAGGCAUCAUGGGUGGUUUAGCCCUAAAUCUGCUAGAAAAUGUCAAUGAAUCAGGUACCACAGGGAAAGUAAUUAAAGAAAUUAUUUUGAAUGCUGCCAUGAAAAGGAAGGCUUACUUCAGAACUUUAUGAAGGGAUGAAAGAUAGACACUUCAGCUCAUAUUAUUCACCUAUUAUUCUAAUAUGUAUUAAGACACAAUUCCAUUUAAAAGCCAACCCCUGCAUUAGCUCCUUGUAGCACGAGCCUGUCUGUUGCUUAUAUUAUUUUUUUAAAGUGCUGUGUACACUGAUGGCACUAUAUAAACAUUAAUAAUAAUCCAUUUUGGAGCCUGCUGUGGAAUGUGAGCAUUAUCAACAGAGACAGUGUUAAAGGAAAACAGUUUUGUCCUAUUUUUGUGAUGUACAGAUUAUUUUUUAAUUAAGGAGCUGAACAAAGUAAAUUUGCAGCCUUAUAUUAAUAUAUAUUAGUUCAACAGCGGUGAAAGCCUCUCUGCACUACUUUAUCUGAAGUUGUUUUGACUUGCACACUUUGGAUAACCUAAAAUGCAAAAUGCCUUAGAACAUUUAAAAACAGAUUUAAAACUGUAUCUUUAAAAACUCAACAAAAACCUUUAACCAAGAUAACUGGAUCAAAAGCAACUAAUCCGGUUCAAUAAGUCGCUUCAAAUUUUUAGAAGGCUAGAGCCACUGUUGUUGUUGUCAUUAUUAUUAUUAUUAUUAUUAUUAUUAUUAUUAUUAUUCAUUGGGUAAAAUACUCUCCUUUGCAGAGAGCAAGCACAAUGCUUACCUAGUACAUAAGACCUAGCUUAAAGAACUGCACUUUCCUCAUUUUGUUGUCUUUUCUUUGAGGAUCUUCUAUUUCAACCCUUGGGCCCAGUCCGCACAAAACAUCUCUGAUGUUUUUUGAAAUGAAUAGGAGUUGUGGAACAGGAUGGCUGUACUGUUGCACACUUUCCAUCCAUUUCACAGGGGCUUUCAGAAGAGAAGUUCCUGAUGAAUGGUGUCUGUUAACUACAGUGCUUAAUCAGGCCAUAUUUUGGAUGUAUAUAUGGCCAGGAAUUUUGUAAAGUAAACCAGUGCCUAAAUUAAGUUUUG